AUGGCCGACAAACCAGCCGUUUUGCCCGCCCACCCUCGCGAGUCUCGCGAGAAUGCCCAAACUCGAAUAGGAGCUCCCAUGGGACGCACUAAGGAACAGGUAGCGGCUGAUUUCGCAGACUUCCAACGCACCAUCCCUAGCUCGGAUAUUGUAAUCUUUUCAGAUGGAUCUAGGCUAGUAGACGGAUGUGCAGGGGGUGGCUAUAUUGGACUUCAAGCAUACCAUCAGUUCCUCCGCUCCUCACUCUCAUAUGGACACGGGAAAGAGGUCUUCAACACAGAAGCAGAAGCAGCUCUAGCUGGUGCUCAAGCAGCAAUAGCGUACCCAACAGCUCAAUUUGCUACCAACCUAUAG